AUGCCGGAGGAUGCGGGUGUGGCUGAUCCCUACUUUGACUGUGACGGCUACGUCAACGACUGUAGGUCAUCACCUACUCGCGUGCCUUUCUUCGGACAGGAGCUUCCUGAGGACCGGUCUGGAGUUCAAGGGAGUGGUCAUCGUAGAUGUAAAACUGGACAUUGCUGGACAUUCGACAGUAGGGCUCCGAUGACGUUCCCUACGUUGGCCAACGCGUUCAAGGGCACCGACCGCUGCGACCAGCAGACGACGCAGUGCGAGUUCGUGCCGGGCCGGCGUUUCGGCCGCGGCGGCUACAAGUGCAUCUGCAAGCAGGGUUACGAGUAUCCGUUCUACGACCCCACGACCUUCUACGACGGUGACGUCAUGGAGGUCGAAUACGAGAAGACAGUCAAGGGACUGCCGAACCGAUUCGAGCAGCUCACGUGCCGCAUAGGGGGCGCCGGCGCGGCGCACGCGAGCGUCGUCGCCACCGCGCUGCUGCUGCUCGUCGCCACGUGGGGGCGCUAGCGGGCGCCGUCGAGGUUUCCGUCGCCGCUCGCUCUUGGUGCGUCGGUGGGUGGGCGGGUUUUUGGGGGGGGGGUUUAUUUAGAGCUCGGUCGUCCCGAUCGCCAUGUGGGGGUGGGUUUUUUUCAGAGGCCGCGCCGCCGCCGCGACCUUUUGCUUUAGAAAAAUUUUACGCGUCGACGGUCUUUUCCGACGUGCGUAAAUGCAAUCACGCGGCGGACGUGGCAGUCGCAGUUUUUGCGCGGGGGGGGGGGCGGCGAGUUUCUUCUCUUUUUUUUAAACGUACGUCCGAUUUUAUGCGCGCGGGCCGCCACGCCGGCAGCCCUGCGGAGUCAAUUUUAUCGAGAUUGUUCGCGUCCGUUUUAAUUGUAGUCGUGGAGUCGAAUCUCGCGCAGUUUUUUCUUGCGCGAUCUUGCGGGUUUUUGACGAUCCCCCCCUUCCUCUCCCUCUCCUCUCGCUUCGUAAACGAUUGGGUGUUUGUAUCGGAGUUGUUUUGUAUCAUAGACGGCACACAUGCUGUCUUUUUCGCAUCGUAGGCUCUACUGUUGCUAGUAGCAGGUUUGUACAGUGAGGAUUGCAUCUCUUUAAUACUCUGCGCGAUUUUUGCAGCCAUUUUUGCUAUUACUAUUAUUAUUAUUGUUGUUGGCAAUAUUUUACUCGUAGUUUUAUCCGUCUGUCUAUAUCUGUCCUCGCGACCGCGUCGACUCUGUGUUGUCAUGACGACGACGCAUCGUGACGUCAUGACGACGACGCAUCAUGACGUCACUGACUCGUGGGGCAUUCUCGUCUGUCUAAAAUACUCUUAAGUGCAAGAAAUAGUACAGUGCAAGAACGCGAACAUUUGCGUACAUUUAAACAUUUUCGAAUAUUAUCGAGUAUUUGAAUUUGUGUCGGCCAGUCGAUAAAGAUGUUUGAUUCAUCUCUAAAUAUAAUUAAUGUGAAUUCCGGGGAAUGCUACUCGAAGGAUUCAUUGUGGAUUCCGGAAUGCUAUACUUAAAGGAACCAUUGUGAAUUCCGGAAUGCUACUCGAAGGUUUUAUUGUGGAUUCCGGAAUGCUACUCGAAGGUUUUAUUGUGGAUUCCGGAAUGCUACUCAAAGGUUUUAUUGUGGAUUCCGGAAUGCUACUCGAAGGAUUCAUUAUGAAUUCCGGAAUGCUACUCGGAAGUAAUGCUCCAACCGAUUCCGAGCAUUUUAAUGCAGCCGAUUAAUUUAGAAGCGAUUAGAUUUGAUUAGAGCGGAGAUUUCGGGGGAAAGUUCAGCCGGCGUGAUGCAAUCGUGGGGGUUGAUCGGUGGAUGGAGAGGGAGAGGCAGCGAGACGCGCUCGUCUUGCGGUUUCGUGUCGAGACAUUAACCCGUUGAGACGUCGUGACGUCACAGCGUCGUGACGUCACUGCGUCGUGACGUCACCGCGUCGUGACGUCUCCGCACCGUGACGUCACCGCGUCGAACCUGAUGCUCGUCUCGUGAUCUCUCUUGCAUUUCACGUCCGGCGAAAUCGUGCCGUCCAACAGUUGUCGCGUACCGUCGAUAAUCAUGUGUAAUCGAUAAUCGUGACACCGAUAUCGAUUUCUAACGCCGUCGCGAUUUUUAAUAAAAACAUUUUAAACCGUG